AUGCCAAAAACUGAAGUUCAACAAACACAAAAACUCGAGUUCAAAAACACCACAACCUCAAGUUCAAACAUGACACAAACUCAGGUUCAACAAAAACCACACUCAAGUUCAACAAAUGUCAUACUUUUAAGUUCAACCAACACCCAAUUCUCAAUUUUAGAAAUUGCCACAACCUCAAGUUCAAAAAUAACACAAACUCAAGUUCAUCCACGUCACAAACUCAAGUUCAACAGACGCCAUAAACUCAUGUUCAACAAUUGCAACCAACUAAAGUUCACUGAAAACCACAGACUCAAGUUCAACAAUUGCCAAAACCUCAAGUUCAGAAACAACAAACUCAAGUUCAAAAAACACACAAACUCAAGUUAA